AUGGGCUGCGAUAUCAAGAAUUCCGUUGUUGAGGCUGAGGCCGCUCUGCCCUUACCACCGCCCGGAGCAGGCGAGCCGGAUACAGAAACGGACAUGGAGGUGAAGCGGGAAACUGAUGGAGGAAGUGUUGAUACGGAAACGUAUCCAGAGGGGGGCCUCAAAGCAUGGCUUAACAUGCUGGGGGCGUUUUGUGCCAUGGCCUGCACAUUUGGCUGGAUCAGCCUGAUAUCUGGCCCCCUGGUGGAUAGAUACGGUCUCAAACCUAUAUUGAUCCCCUUUUCGCUCCUGGCUCUGCUAUCGGUGAUGAUCACCUCCAUCUGUGAAGAGUACUAUCAGUUCAUUCUCACACAAGGCGUACUAGGCGGUUUCAGCGUGGGGAUGCUGUAUACUCCAUCCAUUUCAAUUAUGGGUCACUACUUCCACCGCCGGCGCGAUCUAGCCAUCGCCGUCGCCUCCGCCGGCUCGCCCCUGGGCGGAGUGAUAUUCCCCAUCGCCCUGCUUCAGAUGCUGGAACACUCCUCUAUCGGAUUUGGUUGGGCUGUGCGGGGAGUUGGGCUGAUAUUUCUUUUCUUCCUCUGCAUUGCCUGCGCUACACUAACGCCCCGAGUGACUCCGCGGCGAGGACCGCACUUCCUCUCCGCCGCGUUCAGGGACCCGGUGUAUGUGUCUCAGCUGGUUGGUUACUGUUUGGUGUUCUGGGGCAUAUACACUCCCUUUUUCUUCCUGCCAUCGUUCGCCAUUCUGCAGGGUGUCAGCGUCGAUUGGGCCUUUUAUAUACUGCCCAUCUACAACACCGGCUCGUUUGUGGGACGCAUCGUGUGUGGUCGUCUAACCACCAUCUGUGGUCGGUUCAACACCUUGCUGGCAGCCAUACUCGUUUCGGCCGUGUUGAUGUUUUCCUGGAUUGCUGCAACGUCGCUGGCGGGCAUCAUUGUGUUUGCUGUGCUAUUUGGCUUCUCGUCCGGGGCUAUCAUUGGUCUCUUCCCCGCUGCAGUGGCUGUGACUGCGCCGAGAGCAAACCAGAUCGGAACGUACCUGGGCAUGACGAUGGGGGUGCUCGGACUGUUUUGUCUGACCAGUUCGCCGAUGAUGGGCGCCAUCGUGACCCGGUCCGGCGGCCAGUAUGACGAGGCGAUCAUUUUUAGCGCUGCCCUCAUUGCUGUGGGAGGGAGCUUGAUUGUGUUUGCUAGGGUGAAGCAUUCCGGCUGGAAACUGAUUGCUUGA